GUGACGCACGCGCGUGUGCGCGCAACCGGAGCGCAGGCUUCCCGUGGUGCAGCGCGCGGCCCCUCAGUUAGACUCGGUGGAGAGUGAGUGUUAGCUUCGUUUCGCUCUGAGCUGUUCUCUGCUCGGUGGCUGCUGCUGCGGCGGUGUUAGUGCCGGUUCCCUUUAGGCAGCUGACAGACAGCCGGGAGAAAGUGAGGCGCACACUGGACGCACGGAGCCACCCGAGAGCGCCGCGGCGGAAUAUGACGGUUCCGAGCGGCCCUGCUGCAGCCGCCGCCGCCGCUCUUCGCAGCCACUUCCUCAGACUCUGCGCUUCUUGUUAGCGGGGCUUCCAUCCCCGUCCCUCUCUCCCUCUUCCCUCCCCAUCUCCUAUUGCCCCCUUCCUUCUCCCUUCCAAACCUCCUCCCCGUCCCCUCCACUGCUGCGCCGCCGCCGCCACACUGCCGCCAAAUGACACCCACCCCGCAGCAGAUCAAGGACCAGCUGCUCCAGGCCAUAGACAAGGAUGCCAAUAUCCGUAACAUGGUGGCAGUGCUGGAGGUAAUCUCCAGUUUGGAGAAGUAUCCCAUUACCAAAGAGGCCCUUGAGGAAACAAGGCUAGGGAAGCUCAUCAAUGACGUACGGAAGAAAACAAAGAAUGAGGAGCUUGCAAAACGCGCCAAGAAACUGCUGCGGAGUUGGCAAAAGUUGCUGGUUGAGCCAGUGGGCCAAAUUGAGUCUGUACCAAGGGCACUGCCUACCUCCCCCGGCUCAGCCAAUGGUGGAGCUCAUGCCUACAAGAUUGAUUUGCCAUCUUUGGCCACCAGCACUGGAGCAGGAGGACCCAAGCCCACCCUGGAUCUGAAAAGCAAGAAUGACGUGCACAAUUCCUUCUCCCUGCUUGCUGACAAGCAGGGCAAUCGGAAGAGGAAAGGGGAGCAUCGGGAUGGCACAAAGGGUCCACCUUCCAAAGUCCCAAAGGUUAAUGAACAGCUACAGAACUCUACACCACCACCUUCCAAUGGAAUCCGUGGCAGUCCUGAAAAUUUCCCAAGUCCUCCAGAUAUGACAUCUACAAAUAUCCAUACCAUCCCAGGCAAAAGCAGACCAGAGCACCAGACCCCAUAUGAAAAUGACAAACACAGCAAGAUACCAGUUAAUGCUGUGAAACCUCACACGAGUUCUCCAGGACUUGUAAGAAACCCAAGCACUUCCUCAUUACUAAAGACUGCUAUUCUCCAGCAACAUGGCAAAACAGAGGACACUGGCAUGCGUUAUCCACCCAGUAGUCCCCGAUGUCAGUCGUUCAGCCCAAGGACUCUUAAACAUGAAACAACAUGGAAGCCCUCCACGACAUAUGCACCCAAGGGCUCUGUAUCCAGCCCAUCUCAGAGCUUUACAGGAACAUCUCAAGAAAGUUCUGAUUCAGAAAAGACAACAUCUCACUUAACGAAGAACAAUGUUCAGGUGCCAUCCCCUGUGCCUGCAUUGCAGCUAGCCACAACACCACCUCAGCCAACCCAAGCAAAAAGCAUGCAUCCACCCGACACUGAACACCCAUUGGAUCGGCUGGGGCAUGUAUCUAAUUUAGAGAAUGUUGGUGAAAACCAAGUGCAGCACCAUUCUGCAACAACACUACAGCAGCAGGACUCACCAUAUCCACCCCUCAGCCCCAAUUCGUCAACUUCACAUCGUGGAGAAUCCUUACACAGUCAUGAGUUGGAAGCAGCAAUGGGAGAGUUGUCCUCCAGUGAGUGUGCCUCUUUUGGCUGUGAAAGUAAAAAGUCAUCUAAGAAAAAGUACAGGUCUAGAGACUAUCAGGUGAACUUAGACGGACAAGUUAUUGAUGAAAGUGUGAAACCUGUACGGUUGAAAGAGCGUAGAAUUACAUUUGACCCUGCUACAGGGCAGAUCAAACCUUUGACACACAAGGAUUCAUCUCAGGCUGAAAGCCCAGUUCUACCUGAGCCUCAUCGAACCACUGAAAUUGUACAGGAACAGAGGGUUAAUUUGCAAAGUACUUUAGAUCAAACAAACUGGAAGGAAUUAUCCAAAAAUGAAAUUAUUCAGUCAUACUUAUCGCGGCAAAGCUGCCUUCUUUCAUCUUCGGGAGUCCAGCCACCAGGCGGUCAUAUUGUUGAGUUUCUACAGCAUGAAAGCCACAGGUAUAGCACUAGCACAGAAGUCCGUGAGGUCCACACAUUAGUCCCUACUGAUACUCCCUCAGAACUUCCUGGGGUCACUAGGGAGAUCAGAGACUCUGAUGUUCACCGAAUACACCAACAACAUUGGGCAGGUGUGAACGGUUGCAUGGACAACCAUGGAAAAUGGUAUGAUUGGACGCAGGGCAUAUCUUUGGACCCUCAUGGUGAUCAGGGACAAUUGCACAUACUGCCGUACGUCUGUCUAGACUGAGUGAUAAUGUCCUUUUGGCGUGCUUUGAGGUUUAAAGUCAGCUGACAGCAAACAAGUGGCUCCCACUUGCUGGAAAUGAUCAAAAGCCUUGAGAUGCAGGUUAUGGUUUGAAGGUUCUGUUUCUCAGCCUAUCUGUGUAGGUCCCCACCCCAAACCCCUCUCUUCUACAGUUUGCUGCUAUCAGUGUUUUAAUCAAAAUUGCAAAGGAGGGAAAGGAGCACAAGAGAAGAGAAGGUUCCAAGGGAAAUAAAAGUGAGGGGUGGUUGAUUAUGUCGCAUAAGCAACUCACCACACAGAUUAUGGCAGGUCAUAACCAGGGAUCGUCAAGCCUGCCAUAGAGUGGUUUAUCAGUGGGAGAGAAUCGAGGCUUAUUGAAGGUUCCAGCACUUUACAGUAGGCUGGAUAUGGUCUUGGGGCAGGUACAGGAGCUUUAUGUGGCAUCAAAACACAAUGAAUAAUGUUACUUUAAAAAGUAUGCAUCUAUUUAUUUGAUUUGAUUUUUUUUUUUAAAACUUUAAUUUGGCCAUGAGAUAUGUGAGACAAAUGUGCAAAAACUGUAGAUCUCUCUUUUAUUUACAUCACACAUCUCUUUUUCUUCGGGACAUAGUUUUAAAGUAAGAAAUCAUGACAGGCUGUGAACAUUUGCACAGUACAACGUCAUACCAAACAUUCCAUAGGUCUUCGCAUGCUGGGAGUUACUGUCAUCUUCUACUUAAGCAGGAGAUAAAACCCUUGGGUAUUCAUAAUCUAGAUUUAAAAAUGUUUAAAAAGAAGCUAUUUUAGGAAGUCAAAGAUUUGGGUUGUGCUUUUUUCUUUUCCUGCCACUAGUCAAAAUUCAAACUUUAACUUUAUAAUUUUGUUCUUUGCUUUGCUCUCUUGCUUGAGCUCCACAUUCGUUCUCACUUCUCAAAAUCCCAAAGUGGAAAAAAAGGAGGGUGCUACUAGUUUGCAACUUUGUACUGUGAGGAGUUGAUUUAAAAAAAAAUUUCAAAAAAAUUUCAAAAGGAAUCUGUUUGUAUGCUGGAGAUAUACUUGUUACCAUUCCUUUAGAUAUUGUUUGCCUUAUGGAAUCCAUCAUUACCACAACCGCAAAAACAAGAAGCCUUAGUGAAUGUACAGAAAUUAGACUUCUGUGUUUCUCACAAUACAGAAGGAAUGACUUUGCUAUUUGGUCCUUUUAAGUGGACUCGUUGUGAUAUAAAUGUGGAAACAAUAAAAAAAAUUUGCACAAAACAACUGUUGCCUUUUAUUCAAAAAGAAACAUCUACAGUGAAUUUGUUUCCCUUUUAAUUGUCUGCCCAAUUACACAGCUUAGAAAUUAGUACAAAAUCCAAUGUGUUUAAGCUGUAAAUGGAUGAUCAAUUUACAUUUCGUUCAGAAGUGGAUUCUUCCACUGAUCUCUCUUCGUGUAUAUUCAGCCAUCGUUAUGAGCACAAUGGUUUGGGUUGGAGUUGCACUGCCCUUGCUCUGGUUUCAAACUCACGUACCACAUCCCUCAUAUGUGCCCUGACCUGGGUGGUGCUGAAUGACAGGCCAGGAAAUUUGCAGUUUUCUUCCAUAGAGGAAUAUUGGCAGUGAGUGCACAAUUGGUCCCUGUGACCUUGAGCAAUGCAGAGAUAUAUUGAACUGAGUACCCGUUUUAAUUGGUUACUCCUACUGGUAAAAGUGUAUCUGUAAGUUGAGUUAGAGUCAGUCAUACAGCAUGGAAACAGACUCUUUUGGUCCAACUUGUCUGCACUGACUGCAUAUCUUAAACUGAUCUAGUCCCAUUGACAGCAUUUGGACCAUAUCCAACUAAACCCUUCCUAUUCCUAUACCCAUCCAAAUGCCUUUUUAAAUGUUGCAAUUGUACCUGCGUCCACCAUCUCUGGCAACUUGUUUCAUACACACACCACUCUCUGCAUGAAAAUAUUGUUCCUUGGGUCCCUUUUAAAUCCUCCUCCUCCACCCCCCGCCACCUUAAACCUAUGUCCUCUAUUUUGGACUCCCCUACCCUGAGAAAAGUACCUUGGCUAUUUCCUAUCUUUGCAUAGAUGUUAUUUCUCAUGCUAUCUACCUGUGACGCCACUUUCAAGGAACUUUUCACCUGCACCCGUAGGUCUCUUUGUUCGGCAACAUUCCCCUACAAUUAACUGUAUAUGUCCUGCCCUGGUUUGCCUUAAUAAAAUGCAACACCUCACCUUUAUCUAAAUUGAACUCCAUCUGUCACUCCUCAGCCCAUCUGAUCAAGAUCCCAUUUUACUCUGAGAUAACCUUCUUCACUAUCUACAACACCAUAAUUUUGGUGUCAUCUGAAACUUACUAACCAUUCCUCUUAUCUUUACAUCCAGAUCAUUUAUAUAAAUGACAAAGUGGACCCAGCACUGAUCCUUGCAGCAUACCUCUGGUAAGAGGCCUUCAGUCCAAAAAAACAACCCUCCACCAUCAUCCUCUGUCUCCUACCUUCAAGCUAAUUUUAUAUCCAAGUGGCUGGCUCUCCCUCGAUUCCAUGUGAUCUAACAUUUCUAACCAGACCACCAUGCAGAACUUUGUCGAGUACCUUGCUGAAGUCCAUAUAGACAACAUCUACCGCUGUGUUCAUCAAUCAUCUUUGUCAAUUCGUGAAAAAACUCAAUCAAUUUAGUGAGACAUGUUUUCCCAUGCACAAAGUCAUGUUGACUAUCCCUCAUCAAUCCUUGCCUUUCCAAAUGCAUGAAAAUCCUGUCUGUCAAAUUCCCCUCCAACAACUUGCCCACCACUGAUGUCAGUUGGUGUAUAUGGUUUCACUCCUCAGUUAAAAAGCUGACUAACCAGGUUUGUUGACAAAGGAAAUUCAGGUGAACCACCAAAGACCUAUUGGAAGUGUAUCCUAACACGUGACAUUGAGGCAGCUGGUAAAUUCAUGCCUAUGUGAAUAAAGAUGUAUGCUGUUUUUCUUUUUGUGACAACUUCUGUUUAAAUAUGUUUGAGAUUUCCUGAGCUAUGUAUAUCACCUACGGACAGGCAUCUGCUCCCAGGUAUCAACUGGUGCAGUUGGAUAUUACUGGGAUGUUACAUUGUCAUUAAACCUUUAAUAGAGAAAU